AUGAAAUGUUCUGAAUUGAUUUUUUGUGCCAACAAUGAUAGGACAUGUUAUCAGCCUGGCCAUAUAUGUGUAAGUAAUCCAAGAUGUCAAAGUGUUCCAUUGUGUUAUUCAGUAGAUCUACCGCCAAUAAUACCUGACGAUGGUAUAUGCGAAAGUGUCACAUGGAAUACAACUGGAGUCACCGUGGCUGGAGCACAUGGAGCAGGUUCGGAAUUAAACGAACUCAAUUCUCCUCUAGGAUUAUUUGUCGACAAUGAAGGUGCUGUUUAUGUUGUGGAUACUUGGAACGAUCGAAUAGUCAAAUGGACACCUGGAGCAUACAUUGGCAAAGUAGUAGCUGGUGGUAAUGGAGAAGGCAAUGCCAAUAAUCAGUUAAAUCGACUGGCAAUGGAUCAUGAAGGAUCUCUGUAUAUCUCUGAUGAUGAACGACACUGUAUAAUCAAAUGGCCUAGUAACAACGUAGUAGCAGGUGAAAACGGAGAAGGGUCUGAUAUGAAUAAACCCUUGGAACCUGCUCACGUAUUUGUCGAUGAAAAUCAAUCUGUAUUUGUAAUAGAUUUCCAGAGUGCUAAAGUCAUGCAAUGGCCAGUAGGCUCCAAGGAAUGUAUUCUUGUUGCUGGUGGUAAUGGGGAGGACGAUGUUGCUAAUCAGUUGAAUGGAAUAAAAUAUUCAACAAUGAUGUAA